UGAUGCGAGGAGGUGCAAACGAUCCUCUCUCCCGGUGGCUUCGGACCUGAGCGGCUCCACUGCUUCCCUCUCCUCCUCAUCUCCUGCUCUUUCCUGUUACCUCAAGGCGGCCACAGAUAUGGGACAUCAUCAGGGAAGAAGGUGCGCGGCCACACAAUAAGCCGCCCGCUGCUGCACAAAGCAGAGACAUUAUUGGAACAUUUUUAGCCACAUUUUCAAAUCAAGACUUUUGCUAUAGGGUUCAGAAGAGACUCACAUCCCAAAGGAUUAAAGGAGGAAACAGCUGCCGAAUCCAAGGGGACGGUUCAAAGGACAGACUGCAUCCCCACGUGGGUUUCUGAAAAACCAAUAUGGCCUUUUCAUCCGAAAAGCACAAAUCCCUCUCCCCCCUCCUCCCCCUCCUCCUCCUCUGUGUCCCUCUCACCUGUCUGUGUCAGUCAACCAGCAACAGCUCAACCAUCCCCACAGUCAACACUUCAACCACUUCCUCUCCCCCUUCAGCCGGUACUUCCCUGAUGAGCGUACCAGGCUGCGGCAAAGGACUGAACCCCAUCUACAGGUACCUGUGCGACCGCCGGGCAGCGUGGGGGAUUGUACUGGAGACCUUGGGUUCUUCAGGCUUCCUGUUCAGCAUGGUUCUCCUCCUCGGCCUGCUGUUCUGGUCCCUCUGGAUCUGCGUCUCGUCCAAGCACCAGCGCAGCAGUAUCGGAGGCACAGUGGCCUGCAUGUCCAUGUUCUUGUUGGCCACGGCGGGGAUCUUCGCCAUCACCUUCUCCUUCAUCAUCCGCCUCACCCCUCAGACCUGCCCCACAAGGAUCUUCCUCUUCAGCGUGCUCUUCUCCCUGGCCUUCUCCUGCCUGCUGGCUCGCGCUCUCGCCCUGCUGGGCUUCGCGGCUACCCGGGGCUGGGGAGAGCCCGCCGUGGCCCUGGGGCUCUUCACCGUGCAGGUUAUCAUCUCCACACAGUGGCUGAUCCUCGUGUUGGUGCGGGAGGAGAAGCCCUGCGAGUACAGCCAGGAGGAAUUCGUCAUGCUGCAGAUCUACGUGCUGUGCCUCCUGGCCAUCAGCAUAAUCCUCAGCCUGCACUUCCUGUGCCGCUCCUGCUCCACGUACAGCUACAGCUACACGGGGCCCAUCAACCAGCAGGGGAGGGUACAGGCCGCCAUGCUCUGCCUCACAGUGCUGCUGUCCGCCUGCAUCUGGGUGGUAUGGAUCACUAUGCUCACCAGAGGAAACCCUGAGGUGGGCCGCCGGCCACGAUGGGACGACCCAUUGCUCUGCAUCACACUGGUGGCAAACGGCUGGGUGCUACUCCUGGGGCACGGGUUAUCCCAGGUUGCCUUCCUCUGCAGGGGGGAAGCCAAGUCCAAGGACAUUCCUUUGAGCUUCGCCGGCUGGACCAGCCCCAGCGCCGAUAUCCCCGAGCUGAACAGUCCGAAGGAGGGAAAAGAAAACGGAAGCUUUGAGACUGAUGGCGAGAACAGGAGAGGCAGGAGAGCCGAUCCGGCGCUGCGGUCACCCUACGAGUCUGGAUUCUCCAUGACAGAAAUCGACCCUGACAAAGAUUACACCAUUCCUCGCCCUCAGACCACCAACUACAGGGAACCUUACGAUGAAUAUUAUGGACAAGAUUAAAGUCACAUCCCUUCUCUGUCAGAUGAAACUGAUACCAAAGCCAAAGCUGAGGAUGACCUCAGCUCCUGCACUAAUCUGUACUCCAAGUACUUGGCACAAAAAUAUUGUUUUUCUGCGUUUCAUUUCCUUCUGCAAAUGUAAAUAUUUCUGCGUAGUGUUAUAAGAAAUGUUAUUGCAAAUCUGUCAGUAGGAUGUAAAAUCCUCGGUCGACUCAGCACUAUGACUCAUCUGCUGGAGUUUCAUCAUCGAGGCCGGAUGGGUCCAGACAGUCCAGCUCUCUACUGGCGGGAAAUCCACAUCAUAAAUACUUAGCGGAAGUGAAUCUCUAUGCCGGUGUGUGUGUGUGUGUGUGUGUGUGUGUGUGUGUGUGUGUGUGUGUGUGUGUGUGUGUGUGUGUGUGUGUGUGUGCGUGCUAGCCUGACAUGGUAUAUAAUAGCCCUGAGGUGAUAGAGGAGGCGUGAAACUGUCACUCUGAAGGUGCCAAACUGCUGAGCAGAGCAGAGGCAUCUGUGAACGAAAGAGAGGAGGGAUGAAAGGAGAAGGAAUGAGGAGAGAGAAGGAGAAAAAAAAAACAGCAGAUGAGAUGAGAUGAGAUGAGACAAGACAGGAGGAAGAUAGGACAGGAGACCUGUCAGCACUGUGGAGGCUGGUGCCAUCACUGAUUAACAUCUUCAUAUUCAGAGUUACAUUACAGUUGCUGGAUGCUGUGCUGCACCCAAAACAAUAGUGGUGUCCUGUGUACAUAGAAAUAUAUGAGGAAUACAAGGUAUGCCUCUUUUCCAUAACAGAUAUUUUAAUGCCUUUUUUUUUUCUUUUUUUUUUUUUUUUAUAGGUUCUUGUAACAAGUGUUGUCAAUAAAAGGUUUGUCUGUUAAAGCUCGGGAUUGUUUUGCAAUAGUUUCACACCACCUUUGCUUCUCCCACUCACAAUCUGCACAGAUGGCAUACCCAAGGCCAAUUACUCUCCCGACCAGAAUCAGUGCCAUGCCUCCAGGCACCUGCUGCAAACUGGAGCCUCAACCUCACAGGGGGGCAGGGUGGUAAUACCAAGCUAGACCAGCAGGGGGCAAUGUCUAGAUACGGCAAGUGAGGCUGACCUGCUGGGAGGAAACUAGUCAGAAGUGUUAAGUGCUAAACUUUUCAAGUAAUAAACCAUCUGCGAUCUAAUAGCAAAUGUUCUCUUGCCUGCAUUUUUCACACAACAGCCUAGAAUUAAAGUCCAUCUACGGGUCGGAUCCAGUUUGGGAUGAUCUGUUCUGCACUUGUUUUUCUCCCAGUGGCCUGUAGUGACUCCGCCAUCCACAAAGGUCAAUUCUUCACUCCGAUGGAUGCAAUCACACACACACACACACACACGCGCACCUCUUAUCACACGGCCUUCAAUCUAUUCUUCCAAUUAGCCCAACUUCAAUUACUCACAGAGAGCAUGCCAUCAAAUUGGCAAUUGGCCUCUUGUGCAUUAGAGCAAUUAGCAGGGAUAUGAGGUUUCCCGUCACAUCCAACCCAUUUACGGCCAUUAACUCCAGAUGCAAUUAAAGAUUGUUCCAGAUUGUUCCCCCUUGGCAGCGACGAGAAAGUUGGAGGCGGUGGAAAAGCUUAUCGUGCGGUAGAUUUGGUCCGGAGGAACAAAAGUCAAGAGUUAACGCCGAUGCAGCCCAGCCGAGCAGACAUUAAUCGAGUGCAAUUGUUCUGACUCACACCAGCUAACGCACAGCUGAGAGGGGGAAGUUUCUGGACAGUCAGAAAGGAGAUUCUUGUUCAGCCUGUAAUCAAAAAAAAAAAGUUUGCGACAUUCCUCUCAGCUCCUAUGGCGUUUAAUCAAAAACACUUCUCCUUUAUCUCCCUUUGGUAAAGAGGGGGAGGGAGGGAGGGAGGGAGGGAGGAGGUUGUAGUAGUUAAAACAGCCUCUCUCCUGAUUGGAUAAUCUCAUUCCUGCCAAACACUGGAAAGAAAAUGAUAAGACUCAGUCAUGGGAAGGAAAUAACAUAAUGGUUACCAGCUCCACAUUCAAGAAACAUAUCUGUGUGUGCUCUAUCACCUCCUGAUAAACACAAGGAGUCAAUGUUUAACCUGUGAAAAGAAGUAUCCGAAGACCAGUGUAAAAACCAAACAGUUUAUUUAUUAUAUACAUUCAAUAAUAAUGAAGAGAAUAAACAGAAGGCAGACACAAGGAUGGCAAAAUAAAACAUUGUGAGAAAAUACAUGUCACUUAUUGAAAAAAAAAUCACUUGGAUAAAUGAGCUUUUUAAGAGCAUGUGACAAAAAAAACCAAAAAAAAACUCCACAUGCAAUUCAAACCCAUUUAUUAAAUCCCUGUACAAAAACUCCCACUGGGUUGACUUGAGCACAGUGCAGGGAGUCGGGGGGGGGGGGGGGGGGGGGGUCUCUGCGUCGUUCCCGCUCACCUCUGCGUUUAUUCUGUGGCCCCCGCGAAUAAGAUUCACUCCAAUUAGAAGAGUAGAAGAGACGGAAAAACAAAAAACCAAGCAAAAAGCAGCCCACAGGAGCCGCUGCAGCUGCACCACAGGGCUGCUCGGUAAUGAUUACACCACCUCGACAUUUGCCAACCGGACGAAUGAGGUGGAGACGCUGCUGAAACGAGCGUCUCUGCGGGGGCAGGUUCACGGCCGUGACUCCGCCAGAUCAGCCUCGUCUCUGCACAGAAAACAUUUGGUUUUCAUGGACGAGUUUGAGGCAGAGUUAUAGUUUGAUUUGGCCGAUGACGUCACUGUCAGAAAUUUUUGUAAGAUUUACUCUAAUUAUAUAUAUGAAAGCAACCCACGGGGGUCCAGACGUAUCAAAUUAAACUUUACGCAUUUGAUAUGACUGGUGAUUACCACGGCGACCACAGAGGAGCAGAGCACAGAUAACCCAGAUUAUUGAAGCGGACCGAAUCGGCUUCCGUAAAGCGACUGCGGGCCGCUCGCCUCCCCCCUCCCCUCCCCUCCCCUCCCCUCCCCACCCAGACACUCAUGUAAUGGACCUUUACUGAGAUUCCUCCGUCACUCCUGUCACCUUGCAUUACAUAACAUCCGAGUUCCUUCUCCCCUCCUGCUAUGUAAACACCCCCUCCUCCUCCUCUUCAUCCUCCUCCUCCUCCAGCACUAUGAUUUGAAUUCAUGCACAAAUGAAAAGAUUCUCUGACUGACACCUUCCUCUCUCACAAAAGCAUGCAUAGCAACACUUAUGAUAAUACUUGUAAGGGAUAAUAAGACAAAAAAAAACAAAAAAACAAACAAAAAAAGAGGUAAUGCACGUCGGAAAUACUCAUUGGACCUACUGCACACAGUUUUCACAAUCAUACAAAACAACAUUACCCCUCCUCACACUGACCGCUCCACCCUGAGCGCACUGUAUCCCCCUGGAAAAAAUAAAAACUGAAACAGCGGGGGGAUGUUGUUAUCCUGUCAGCUAAUGAUUAAUGGCUCAGCUUCUCACCUUCACCAUCAGGGCCACAAUGUCCCUCGACUAACCACCCACACCUUGUUUCAUUGUUAAAAAGGUGGCCGCCGCCGCAGCCGCUGCUGCACCGCGGGGCCCUUUUCGACAUUGUGUGGACGUUUUCUUCCCCAUUUGCUUAGUCUGUAAUUUGGCCCUGCUGGCAAAUGCAAUUCAAAAUAACCUCUAGUGUCUACCUCUGCCUUUCUGCAUAUCCCUCAUGACUCCAUCUGCUCCGAUUUCCCUUGUCUGCAGCAAACACCUCUGCAUCUACAGCGUGUUCAUGUGUUAAUUAAAAAAGAAAAGAAAAGAAAAAAACAAAAACGAGAGAGAGAGAGAGAAUAAAUUAGUGUGUGGAGCGAAUCAAAUUUCAAAUUUCCUAAAUUGCUGCAACCUUUUAAACAACAUGCGUUCUGUCUUUUUUUUGGAGCUUCAAUGACAUUUCCCUGGGUGCUGUUUCAACACUGUACCUAAAAAAAAAUAAAAAAAUAAAAAUAAAAAUA